UAGCUGGCCAGAGAGGAGGAGGAGGAAGAGGAGGAAAGGGUUGGUGUCGCGGGGAGGAGCCAGCCCUCAAACCCUCUCCACUUUUCUAACUCCGGGUUUCUUUUUUUUUCUUCUUCUUUCCCCCUUCCCAGGAAAUCAGAAAAGGAGUACCCCCCACCACAGGCAAGAUCAGGGACAUGGCCAAAUCUUACGACCACCUCUUCAAACUCCUGCUGAUCGGGGACAGUGGCGUGGGCAAGACCUGCCUCAUCAUCCGCUUUGCUGAGGAUAACUUCAGCGGCACGUACAUCAGCACCAUCGGGAUUGAUUUCAAAAUCCGAACAGUGGAGAUUGAGGGCAAGAGGAUCAAACUGCAGGUUUGGGACACGGCUGGACAGGAACGCUUCAAGACCAUCACCACGGCAUAUUACAGGGGAGCCAUGGGGAUUAUCCUCGUGUACGACAUUACGGACGACAAAUCCUUCGAGAACAUCCAGAACUGGAUGAAGAGCAUCAAAGAGAACGCUUCCGCCGGCGUCGAGCGGCUUCUGCUGGGGAACAAAUGUGACAUGGAAACGAAGCGCAAAGUGCCCCGAGAACGAGCCGAAAAGCUGUGCAAGGAGCACAGGAUCCGGUUCUUUGAGACGAGUGCCAAGUCCAGCUUGAACGUGGAAGAGGCCUUCAACACUCUGGCCCGGGACAUCCUUCUGAAAUCAAGCAAGAAAGUGGGUCAGAGCAACAAAGGGCCCGUGGACCUGAAAGGGUCGCAGAAAAGCAGCAGCAAGUGUUCCUUGGAGUGACAGGCCGCUCGCCAGCACCUGGGGCCUUGGCGUCAGGGACCCGUGCGCCAGUUCUUCCCGUCCACGCCAAAUGCCUCCAGGUUCUCCCCGGGCCAAUAUGGGAGGCCUGUUUUUGCUUGAUAAAACCUCAGAACUUGAAAGCCAGUGUAGGGCUGGAUCCCGGACACUGGCAGCAGGCAGGGCUCAGAGUUUGGGAAGCCGUCCCCACAAUCCCCUUCUGAUUUCUCAAUAUUCCUGCAAGUGAAUAUUGAGGGGACUGAGCAAACUAGGGUGGAAAUUGAAUUUAAAAGUGGGGAGAUCAGCCAGAGAGAAUAGGGUCACAACAUAGUGGGCUACAAGUGAAUCCCCAGAACUUCAGGGGCGUCAUAGGAAGUUACCUUUUCCGUCCUGUGAGCCAGCCCGCUUAUCCGCCGGCCUCUUAGCAGGAUGCCUUCACGCUACAAUACUGUUGGGAGAAUUUAUUCACACUACAGUGAGACUGUGGUUAUACAGUUCGUAAGAAAGACUCCGACCCACUUCACAAUCUUUCAGGGAAGAGGAGCCAACUGCUUCCCCCUAGAAGGUCUCACCAAUAUGUCUACACGAAAUCCUCAGAUACGUACGUUUGAAACCUCAAAGAAUAUAACUGCGGAUGUGUCUCUCGCUUUCCUUUUGUAAUUCUUUGACAGUAUUAAAUGAUUGCAGUAA